CGUUUGUCGCCCCGCCCGGAAGGGGCAGGCCGCAGUGUCAAAAACAGCCAAUGGGCGGUCCGGAGGCGGGGCCGUCGUGGGAGCUGCGGCGGGAAGUCUCUCGGAGUCCGGGAGUCAGGUUGGGUUCCACACUGAUGGAGCGAGCAGAGGACCCGAGUACAGAACUUGCCAAGGCCAUCAAACCUAUUGAUCGGAAGUCAGUCCAUCAAAUUUGUUCUGGGCAGGUGGUCUUGAGUCUUAGCACUGCUGUCAAGGAGUUAGUAGAAAAUAGUCUGGAUGCUGGUGCAACAAGUAUUGAUCUGAGGCUUAAAGACUAUGGCGUGGAUUUCAUUGAAGUUUCAGACAAUGGAUGUGGGGUAGAAGAAGAAAACUUUGAAGGCUUAACUCUGAAACAUCAUACUUCUAAGAUUCAAGAGUUUGCUGACCUAACACAGGUUGAAACUUUCGGCUUUCGGGGAGAAGCUCUGAGCUCACUUUGUGCAUUGAGUGACAUAACUAUUUCUACCUACCACACAUCUGCAAAGGUUGGGACUCGAUUGGUGUUUGAUCAUAAUGGGAAAAUCACUCAGAAAACCCCCUACCCACGACCCAGAGGGACCACAGUCAGUGUGCAGCAGUUAUUUUAUACACUACCUGUGCGCCAUAAGGAAUUUCAAAGGAAUAUUAAAAAGGAGUAUGCCAAAAUGGUCCAGGUCUUACACGCAUACUGCAUCAUUUCAGAAGGCAUCCGUGUAAGUUGUACCAAUCAGCUUGGACAAGGAAAACGACAGCCUGUGGUAUGCACAAAUGGAGGCUCCAGCAUAAAGGAAAACAUCGGAUCUGUGUUUGGGCAGAAGCAGUUGCAAAGCCUCAUUCCUUUUGUUCAGCUGCCCCCUAGUGACUCCAUCUGUGAAGAGUAUGGGCUGAGCUGUUUUGAUGCUCUGCAUAAUCUGUUUCAUAUCUCAGGUUUCAUUUCGCGUUGUGGGCACGGUGUCGGAAGGAGUUCAACAGACAGACAAUUUUUCUUUAUCAAUCGGCGGCCUUGUGAUCCGGCAAAGGUCUCCAGACUUGUGAAUGAGGUCUACCACAUGUAUAAUCGACAUCAAUAUCCAUUUGUCGUUCUUAAUAUUUCUGUUGAUUCUGAAUGUGUUGAUAUCAAUGUUACUCCAGAUAAAAGGCAAAUUUUACUACAAGAGGAGAAGCUUUUGUUGGCAGUUUUAAAGACCUCCUUGAUAGGAAUGUUUGAUAGUGAUGUGAACAAACUCAGCGUCAAUCAACAGCCACUGUUGGAUAUUGAAGGUAACUUAAUAAGAACUCAUGUGACAGAUAUAGAGAGGCCUCUGCCAGCAAAGCAGGAUAAUUCCCCAUCAUUAAGGACCCAGGGGGAAGAGAAAAGGGCAGUAUCCAUUUCCAGACUGAGAGAAGCCUUUUCUCUUCGUUACACAACAGAGAACAGGUCUCAGAACCCGGAGUCACGUGAGCCGAGGCGGAACUCUCCUAAACAAAAAAGAAGCAUGCCGUUUGCCAGCGCUGUAAGUCUCAUCUCAGGCAGAGACUGGCUAGGCUCUCAGGAUGAGGCAGUGGGUUCCCAUAAGGUCUCUGGUGACUGUGUGGACAGAGACGAAAUGGAGAAGGACUCGGGGUAUAGCAGUACUUCAGCUGACACAGAGGAAGUACCCAGCACUCCUGACAUGGACAGUCACUGCAGCAGUGAGUGUGCAGUAAGCACCCCAGAAGACAGGUGUUCACAGGGGAAUGUGGAAUCUUGUGAGAAAUUACCUGCAACUGACCAUCGUUUUUCAGACGUGGAACACUGUGUAAACCAAGAAGAUAGUGGAUGUAAAUUCAGAGUUUCACUUCAGCCAACUGAUCUCUUAUCUUCAAACACAAAGCGUUUUAAAAAAGAAGAAAUUUCUUCAAAUUCUGACAUUCCUCACGAGCUGGUUAAUACUCAGAAUGUGUCAGUAUCUCAGGUUGAUGUAGCUAUUAAAAUUAAUAAGAAAAUAGUGACACUUGACUUUUCUAUGAGUUCUUUAGCUAAACGAAUAAAGCAGUUACAUCACCAAGAACAGCAAAGUGAAGACAAACAGAAUUAUAGGAAAUUUAGGGCAAAAAUUUGCCCUGGAGAAAACCAAGCAGCAGAAGAUGAACUAAGAAAAGAGAUAAGUAAAACAAUGUUUGCAGAAAUGGAAAUCAUUGGUCAGUUUAAUUUGGGAUUUAUAAUAACCAAACUGAAUGAAGAUAUCUUCAUAGUGGACCAGCAUGCUACAGAUGAGAAAUACAACUUUGAGGUGCUACAACAGCACACAGUUCUCCAGGGUCAGAGGCUUAUAGCACCUCAGACUCUCAACUUAACUGCUGUCAAUGAGGCUGUUCUCAUAGAAAAUCUGGAAAUAUUUAGAAAGAAUGGCUUUGAUUUUAUCAUCGAUGAAGAUGCUCCGGUCACUGAAAGGGCUAAAUUGAUCUCCUUGCCAACCAGUAAAAACUGGACCUUUGGACCCCAGGAUAUAGAUGAAUUGAUCUUCAUGCUAAGCGACAGCCCUGGGGUCAUGUGCCGGCCCUCCCGAGUCAGGCAGAUGUUUGCCUCCAGAGCCUGUCGAAAGUCUGUGAUGAUCGGAACUGCUCUUAACACAAAUGAGAUGAAGAAACUCAUCACUCACAUGGGUGAGAUGGACCACCCCUGGAACUGUCCCCAUGGAAGGCCAACCAUGAGACACAUUGCCAAUCUGGAUAUCAUUUCUCAAAACUGACACUUCCCGCUGCAUAAAAUGACAGCUUUUAUUGUAGAUUUUUUGGUUUUGAAAGACAGAUCUUAACUAACUUUUGUUUCAAAAUUAAUCCGCUAUUUAAAAACAGUGUAUCAGAUCCCACACUGGGUGCAUGUCCAAAUUCCCAACAGGAUGGAAAAAUGGAGAAGGGACUAUGGUGUGACCAAACCCCAUUGAGAUGCUUUCUCCCUCUCCUUCUCUUUCUCUGGCAAAUGCACACACUUUCUGACCAAAAUAAAAGAAAAAUGAUAAUAAGUUACCAGGUCCAUUUCAAAAUGAUCUUGAGAACCUUGUCAAACAUGUGAAAUGUUGCUUACAGCAUAUUUUGUUCAGCAUUUGAAUAUGUGUGUGUGUAUGUACAGAUAAGAACAUGUUUUACACAAAUAAGAGCAGAGACUUCUACUUUGGCUGAUGUAUUUUAUUCUGCAAGUUUGGGCUCUUAAUGGUAAUUAAAUGCAUAU